ACCAUUCUUUUUCUCAAAGAGCAAGCAUAAAAGAACAUAAAAGCUCCAUACUUUUUAAAUUUAUUCCAUAUUGUCAAUAGCUUUUGUAUAUUAUAAAGCUUCUAGGCGUUGUUGUUGUUUUGUCUCAUUGUUGCUCUGUUUCUUGAGGUUUUAUAAAUGGAUCCUGGUACUUUAAACUCGGUGAUCAAUAGGUUGCUUGAAGCUAGAGAAAAACCAGGAAAGAUUGUUCAGUUGUCUGAAACAGAGAUCAAACAGCUCUGUUUCGUCUCUAGAGAUAUCUUCUUGAGACAACCAAAUCUCUUGGAACUUGAAGCUCCUGUUAAAAUAUGUGGGGACAUUCAUGGACAAUAUCCGGAUCUCUUGAGACUAUUCGAACAUGGCGGAUACCCUCCUAAUUCAAACUACUUGUUUCUUGGAGAUUAUGUCGAUCGCGGCAAGCAAAGCCUCGAAACGAUUUGUCUUUUACUUGCUUACAAGAUUAAGUUCCCUGAAAACUUCUUCCUUCUCAGAGGAAACCAUGAAAGUGCAUCAAUCAAUCGUAUUUACGGCUUCUAUGACGAGUGUAAACGUAGAUUCAGUGUCAAGAUUUGGCGAAUCUUCACUGAUUGCUUCAACUGUCUCCCCGUCGCUGCACUCAUCGAUGAGCGGAUUUUUUGUAUGCAUGGUGGGCUCUCCCCGGAGCUGCUAAGCUUGAGGCAGAUUAGGGAUAUUCGUCGUCCAACGGAUAUUCCUGAUCGUGGUUUACUCUGUGAUCUCUUGUGGUCUGAUCCUGAUAAAGAUGUUAGAGGUUGGGGGCCUAACGAUCGCGGAGUUUCUUACACUUUUGGAUCAGAUAUAGUUUCUGGAUUUCUUAAAAGACUCGAUCUUGACCUCAUUUGUAGGGCUCACCAGGUUGUUGAAGAUGGAUUCGAGUUCUUUGCGAAUAAGCAGCUCGUAACGAUAUUCUCUGCGCCGAAUUACUGUGGGGAAUUUGACAAUGCAGGUGCGAUGAUGAGUGUGUCUGAGGAUUUGACCUGCUCUUUUCAGAUCUUAAAAUCUAAUGACAAGAAAUCAAAGUUCAGUUUCGGAAGCAGAGGUGGUGCUAAAACUAGCUUCCCUUAUCCUAAAGUGAAGGUAUGUAUUAAUCACAUCACUUUUUAAUUUGUGGAUAUACUGUAGCACAAAAAAUGAAAUAUGGUAAAUGCAUAAUAAUUUGCUCUAUUACUAAAUGUUUUUGAAUGAUUUAACAUUUUGAAUCUGUUUGUGCUCCUCAAUAAUUUUAAAUCUAUUCGCAUUGAUAGAUGAAACUUUGGAUUAGUAUUGACUUCACCGAAUUAGACCUAAUGUUAGUCAAAACUAACACUGUGGUAUACUUGAAAAUUGGUUUGCUAUGUUUCUCACUAGUAACUUACAAGUAAUUUAUAGCCAAAUCAUUGUUGUCAUGUCAUGUUACAAGGCAAGCUCGGAAUCUCUAACCAUUUGAUCUAAUUAAACAUGUUUAUUUGCAGUCGAUUCUGAGUUCGCAAAAUUCGAAAGAAUACAACUGAUGAAGAUUUAAAACUCCGCAUAAUAACUAUUAGAAACCAUGCCAACGUAACUCGACUACUAUAUGAUGAGAAAUUAAAGAGGAUUUUGAAUUUCGGAAUUUUGGGAAGCUUCUGUUUUUGUUAUGUUUUGUGUUGUCUGCUGCUAUCACUUGUGUGUAUGUGUUUUUAUUUUUGGUUGUUGUUGUUGUAAAUUUGGUUUGUAGUUGUUGGUGGUUAAAUUUGAUAAUAAAACAUGAUUUCCUUCGGACCAAAGAUAUGUUUUUUUCUUUCCGGUUUGCAUCUUCUUAAGUUGAAGGCACUUUUUGGCUAGCUAACUCUUGUGUCGAUUGUGUGGCCAACAAGGCUUCUGCAGGAUUGUAAUUGGUAGAAUGGAUCCGGAUAUCCUAGAAUUUGAAAAGUAUUCAGAACUGUGCUUUAACAAUCCAGAUCCGUGACUUUUGGAUAUCUGGUUUCUAAUAUUGCAGAUACCUAGAAAACUAAUACUUAUAUAUCUUGUUUUAAUACAUA